UCUCGGCCCAUGACAUCAGCGCGGCGCGGCCCCGGGGGAGCGGGCGGGGGGCGGCUCGGCGGCAGCGGCGGCGGCAGCGGCGGCGGCAGCAGGAGAGCGGCCCCGGGCAUGCUCCCGGAGCCCAAGUAUGACCGCUUCCGAGACGAACCGCUGACCGCCCCCAUGCCGGCCCCGGUGCCCGCGGCGGGCGACGAGCCCGAGCCCGGCACCACGUUCUGCGCGUUGCUGCCGCGGAUGCCGCAAUGGAAAUUCCCGGGAUCCGCCGGUUUCCUCGGUCGCGGCUCCACCGGAGCCAGCCGGGAACUGUCGGCAUCGGCCCGGGGAGGGGGAGAAGCGGCCCCGGGGGCUCCUUCGGCGCUGGCCACCGCCCUGGGAGCCUGCGAGCCCCUCUGCGCCGCGCCCUGUGCGCUACCGGCGGGAGGAGGGCGGCGGGGGGCGGCGGGGAACGGCAACGGGGGGGCCCCGGGGGGGCGGGCGGCAAGAACCGGGGCGGAGGAGUGGAGCCGCAAGGGCAGCUUCAUCCGCAAACCGCCGCAGGGCUGGCUGCAUCCCGACGAGCGCGUCCUGGGGCCCGGCGUCUCCUACAUCGUCCGGUACAUGGGGUGCAUUGAGGUGCUACGCUCCAUGAGGUCCCUCGACUUCAACACCCGAACGCAGGUCACCAGGGAAGCUAUCAACAGACUGUACGAGGCGGUGCCGGGUGUGAAGGGCAUCUGGAAGAAGAAGGCUCCCAACAAAGCUCUCUUCUCCAUCCUGGGGAAGAGCAACCUCCGCUUUGCUGGCAUGAGCAUUGCUGUCAACAUCUCCAUCGAUGGGCUGAACCUCAUGAUCCCCACCACGCGCCAGAUCAUCGCCAACCACCACAUGCAAUCCAUCUCCUUCGCCUCCGGUGGAGACACGGACACCAUGGACUACGUCGCGUACGUUGCCAAGGAUCCCAUCAACCAAAGAGCCUGUCACAUCCUGGAGUGCUGCGAGGGGCUGGCGCAGAGCGUCAUCAGCACGGUGGGACAGGCCUUCGAGCUGCGCUUCAAGCAGUACCUGCACAGCCCCCCCAAAGUGGUGGCACCCCCAGACAGGAUGCUGAGCGCGGAGGAAUCGGCGUGGGGCGAGGACGAGGAGGUGGCCGAGCAUGAUUACUACAACAGCAUCCCAGGGAAGGAGCCACCACCGGGGGGGCUCAUUGACUCCCGACUCCGCCACGGCCACAUCCACACUCAGCCCUCGGGCUCCGGCCCCCCCAGCCAGGGCGGGUUUGUGGCCAGGAGAGACCAGAGCAGCCAGCUGGGGCCACCCUGGGACCUGGAGAGCCAGGGCCAGCCCUGCGAUGGGUACCUACAGGCGGACACCCACCCCCUGGGACCGCGGGACUACGAGGAACACAUGUACGUGAACACGCAGAGCCUGGACACCUGGGAGACGGAGGCUGCGGCUCGUGGGGCACCAGAGGAGAGCCCCAAGAAGGAUCUCUUCGAUAUGAGGCCGUUUGAGGAUGCCCUGAAGCUCCACGAGUGCAUCGCCGGGGGUGGCACCAACAUCCCCAUUGAGGACCAGUGGCCGAGCCCCCCAACGCGGAAAGCCCCCAUCGCCCCCACGGAGGAACAGCUCAAGCGGGAGCCGUGGUACCACGGGAAGAUGAGCCGCAGGGAUGCUGAAAGGCUCCUGCAGAUGGAUGGGGACUUCUUGGUGCGGGACAGCCUCACCAAUCCCGGGCAGUAUGUGCUGACCGGCAUGCACAGCGGGCAGCCCAAGCAUCUGCUGCUGGUGGAUCCCGAGGGAGUGGUGAGGACCAAGGACGUGCUGUUUGAGAGCAUCAGCCACCUCAUCAGCCACCACCGGCAGAACGAGCAGCCCAUCGUGGCCGCGGAGAGCGAGCUGCACCUCCGCCAGGUUGUCCGGAGGAAGCAGUGAUGCCAGGGGGUACGUGAGCCCCCCCCAACCCACUCCCCUGGUGCCAGACUCACCCCAGCCCCAGGAUAAAGCUGGGGACCCCUCUUGUACUCCCCUUUUCCAGUUGCACCUGGCCUCAGGGGGAAGCAAAGCUGCCCCAGGGCUCCUCAUCCCCUUUCUCAGGGGGGUCUCAUAGUCUCUGCCUCAAGGGACCCCCUAAUCGCUGCCUUCCCUUCGUCUUCCACGUGGACACUAAGAUGUUUAUUCUGCAUGUGGAGGCAAAACGCUGCUGGGAUGAGAGCCGCUGGGUGGCCUCGCCAAGAGUGAUGGGGUUUGAACCCAUCACGGGCAGCACUGCCCGCUCCAGCCCACGGCUGCCCCCCAGCUCGCCCCAGCGAUGGGAGGGGACCUGGGUGGGCAUCGCUGUAGGGUCCCCAUCCCCUUCACCCUCUAGAUCCUGCCUGCCUCGAGCCGCUGGAACUGCCAGCUCCGGCUGCCCAGCACGCCUGCUCCCAGGGCUGGCUCCAGCCCAGUACAUGGAAUUGGUUUCUGGAUGAUGAUGGAGCAAAUGGGGUGGGGGUUGGUGCCAGGAGCCUCAUCCCAGGGCUCCCGGGGUGGGAUAGGGGGAGAAGGUGUGGCGUGUGCUCGCGCUGGACUGCCUGCAUCCGCGUGUGUGCGUAGGUGAGGGGCAGGUGGAAGGGAAUCAUCCCUUGCCCACGGAACCCAACGCUGCGGCUCAGGACCCAACUCUCCACCUCGUUCCCCCAAUAUCUGGGGAGACUCCCCUCAUCCACGGGGUCCCCAUCAGCAGGAGCUUCACCUCCUGCCUUGGCUCUCCUGGACACAAAAGUCUCUUGGAGGCCGGUUCUGCUGGAUGUCCCUGUCGCUUCCACAUUUCCAGCUGGAUUCUCUCCAGGAGCGGCUGCCACGUGAGGCUUCCAGUGGCCCCCAAGCCCCCGCAGCCCUCCCUGGGCCAGAGCCAGGAUGAAGCUGCUGCAGGGAAGGCACAGGGCAGGGAUGAGCUACCGGCAUCGGCUCGUGAGGCCAGGACUGCCAGGAGGAGAGGUGUCCCCCAGCCCCGAGACCCCCCACCCCCCCGGCCGGCUCGGGGCUUCGGCAGGUUUUUACA